CUCAGUGCUACGAUCGACGCGACAGCUACCGCCGCCGGUAACCACUGUAACGGUCGCGUCAUAUACAACUUUCGCUCGUUAAUCACAUUUUACGAACGUUAUAAACAUAUUUAUUGCAUAAAUCAGCUUUUUUAACACCAAUAUCCGGAUGUUAUUUAUUCGAUGUUAUAAAAGUAAACUAAAAUGAACACGAAACUCUGAACGAAACCGAAAAGUACCCAUAAAGUAGCGUCUAAAGUUAAAAUUGAUAGACAGCCUCGAGAGAUUAUCUUUUUGACAAUGAGAACAAUACUUGUAGGGUAAAGUGAAGACACAAGAGUUAAUUAUAAAGUGAAGAUUUGUUAAACAAAUGUCCAACAUGUUACGUUCGCUGCUCGCCCGACAAUUAAUUUGUUUAGUUGCUGUAUUUUGUAUUCGAGUGGUUUGGUGCUGUGAUGAGGAGUAUCGACUAAUUCGACACCUGAUGCAGAAGUACGACGCGUCCGUCCGUCCUGUUGAGAAUUCGUCACAUCCACUAUUGGUCACUUUCGGCGUCUCAUUGCACCAUAUUAUUGAUGUUGAAGAGAAAGAUCAACUACUCACAACGAACUGCUGGAUUACACAGGUGUGGAUGGACUAUCACCUGCGAUGGAACAUCAGCGAAUUCAACGGCAUCGGAGUCAUUAGGAUACCUUAUGAAAGAGUAUGGAGACCAGACAUCAUUUUAUACAACAACGCGGAUCCGAACUAUCGUUCAGCGGUGAUCAAUACUAAUGUAAUUGUGAAGAAUACUGGUGAGGUGACGUGGCUGAGUCAUGGCAUUUACGUAUCUGUAUGCGAUAUAAAUGUGGAGCAGUUCCCCUUUGAUGUUCAACUAUGCACGAUGAAAUGGGCUUCGUGGACCUAUGACGGAUUCCAGUUGGACCUGAAAAAACAAUUCGAUGAAGGUGACACAACAAACUACCAGACAAAUGGCGAAUUCGAUCUGGUGAGCUUCGAGGCCAUAAGGCACAAUCAGUACUACUCGUGCUGCGUUGAGCCCUAUCCUGAUAUCACAUACGUCAUCAAGUUAAGAAGAAGACCCAUGUUUUAUGUGUUUAAUCUUAUCUUACCGUGCCUUCUCAUUAACGGAAUAGCUCUGUUGGUAUUCUACGUGCCGUCUGAAUCGGGAGAGAAGGUCACACUGGGCAUAAGUGCUCUGCUAUCAAUGACUGUCUUCCUUAUGACUAUCCGCGACACGUUGCCACCUACAGAGAAAACUCCGCUUAUUAGUCUCUACUACGGAGUUAGUACGUGCUUAGUGUCGUUUUCAGCUUCACUUUCUGUAGUCACUCUCAAUAUAUCAUACAGAGGAGUGAGAGGGCAGCCUGUGCCGGCGGUGCUGCGCGAACUCGUGCUGCAGCGACUCGCGCGCCUGCUCUUCAUCAACUUCGACACUGACACACCAAAGGGUGACAGCGGUCCGGUGGCGACGGGCGGGGUCCAAGUAAAUCCACGAACUGGGUCCCGAUUAAAGACAGAAGUGCGCUGUGACGGCGCACCAUUGCCACCCGCUUCGCCACGCUUCGCUCGUCACAACCACAACCAUUUGGGCGGCGCGAGUGUGGGCGCGGGCGCAGUGGUGGCCGGUGAGAUGGGCUGUGCGUCCCCAUGUUCGCGGUGCGUGUGCUGCGGCUGCACGCUGCGGGAGGCGACGGCGCGGCACGAGCAGCGCGUCGCAGCCAACGAACGUUUGGAGCGAGCCAACUUGGAAUGGAAACAGGUGGCUGUAGUGGCUGAUCGGGCGUUACUCGCUGUCUUCGUACUUGUCACCACAAUAGCUACGGCCGCCAUUUUGUUGCCCCAACUCAACAAUUUGCAUGUGGGCAAUACGCCUCUAAAACCGCCCACCUAGAGACCAUUUUCCCCUGCAACAUGGGAACAAAAUCAACGAAUUAAACUUUAAUUAAAAUUAUGUGCCAAUAAAUAAACGUCGUGUCAAGAUGAAGUGCCAAGUAAGUGAUCAAAGUGACUUUAAAAUGAUAACAGCAAUAACUGAUGGUGAGGACAUGAGUUGAUGAUAGACAGUCGGUUGAUAAUGUUUUAUCGAUAAAGUGAUACUUGUAUUAUAAUGUGUUUCUCAAUGACUCGAUUGUCAAUUGCUCAACUGAACUUUGGUCGAUGUAUUUUCGAAUACUCCACCAAUUCGUUGUGGAUGGAUGUUGAUUGAUUUACACCAAAUGCAAUCUACUUGUUGUAUGAAGUGAUACAUAAUGUUUGCCAAAUUAAACAAUUUAGAGUUUGAAAUAAUGAUUAAUGAAUCAUUAGCUACAUAAUAAGAUACAAUACUUCGUUAAAGGUCGAAUACGAGAUCAGAUUUCAAUAACAAUGUUUUUAAUGUAAUUGUUUAUAUCAAAGGUUACGUCAAUUAAAAUAUUUUUUUACUGUAAUAAUUUUGCUAGAUUAUAUAAUAUAUGGAUUUAGAGAAGAAAGUAAUACUUACAAAUAGAUAGUAGUUAAUACUGUUGACUCUUUUGCUAUGUUUAAUUCAUCAGUUUAAUUAUAAACUGUGAAAAUGUGUACUCAGAAUAAUUUAAUAAUGUGCAACAUUCAUAUUUUUUUAAGUAUAGCUGAUAAUCGCGGAGUUUAUUAAUAAAAAAUACUUAUUAUCGAAAGUAUCACGGAAUAAAUCAUAUGUUCUUUACAUUUUAUGGAUAUGAUCAUUGAUUUUGUCCAAUAAAUAUAUAUGUAACUGAUUGAAAAAAAAAAAUAGUUAUUUAAAUUUUGAACAAGGUAUAUUUCCUGUUUGCUGAGUUAAUCACGAGUAUUUGAUAAAGUUAAACCCCUUUAUUCAUAAAAAGUCAAACCUUUUAUAAAUCUAUUUUAGCCAUUGUUUCAUCUCUUUUUUCCAUUCAAAGGAUGCUAACGAUUUCUAUAUCAUUCUGUAUAAUAAUACAGCAUACUUCAUUAAAAUAAUAUUAAUGGAGACAACUAAGCGUCUACUAAACAUAUUUAAAUUUCAACACUCAUAAUAUGGGGUUCACCAUUUUUUAGAAAAUUGUGAUCAUUGUGAUUUUUUAUGUUUAUAAAUAUUCUUAUAUUUAUAUACCUGUCAUGAUUGUUUCAUUAACUGGAUAAGGUGAAUCUUGGUAGAGACAACAAUAGUAGAAAUACAAUUAACAAUGAUUUGUAGAUAAUAGGAAAAUCUUCGAUGUUUGUAUACUAGAAAAAAAAACAUUCUUAUUACUUAGUCAAUAAUAGUUAUUAUUAAAUAUCUCCAAGAAGAUCGAAUAUUACACAAAAUUUUGGUUGUUUAUCAUGUUCGAGAAUAUUUAAUUAAGCUGUCCAUUAAUAUGUAGAUGGGACAAGAGUUACUUAGUUCUAAAUUGUAUUUAAGAUGACUUCGAUAAAUAUAAUACUAUAGAUUAUGCUCAAGGUUGUUGCCAAAUAUUGAAUGUAAAUAUAAUAUAAGA